UCCUACGGCAAGCAGGAGGGGGGCAUUUACGCCUUCGCCUAUAAUUUGGCUCUAAGCAGCGUGUGCGGCUGCCGAGCUGGUGAUGUACGUGAAAAAGUUUUGUGACGGCGAUUAGUUUGAGUUAGUCAAGAUACGACUCGGGUUUUAUCGUCGUCCACUUAGGAAGCAGCUUCAGCAAAGUCCUUCGCACAGACGACAUCGACCACACAAACAGAAAAGUUAGCUGUAACGCUUUAGCCGCAAAGCUAAAAACAGCUGUAGCUAGCUGCAGCUGUAAACGCAGCUACAUGAAAGCUUAUUUCCUAUCGUCGAGUUACGUGUGAAUGAGUAGUUAACAAUGCAAGACCAUGGUGGUCCUGAGAGAAGGUAUGUGUCCUGGACUGGAUGAGGAUUUAGUGCGGGGUCUGCGUGCUGCUGAUAUUAAAACAGUGGAGGACCUGGUCUCAUCUGACAUUGAGGAACUUGCUCAGAAGUGUUCUGUGUCAUAUAAGGCUCUGUUUGCCAUCCGCCGAGUGCUGCUGGCCCAACACACAGCAUUCCCCGUGUCAGGCGCUGAUCUGUAUGAGGAACUACUGAGCUCGACAGCCAUCGUCUCCACUGGAAAUCCCAGCUUAGAUAAACUGCUGGAUUCAGGCUUGUAUACUGGAGAGAUAACAGAGCUGUCAGGAGGCCCAGGAAGUGGUAAAUCUCAGGUGUGUUUUGGUGUCGCAGUGCACAUUUCCUACCAACUGAAACAGAGUGUAAUAUAUAUUGAUACAACAGGAGGACUGACUGCCAGCCGCUUGCUUGAAAUGCUACAAGCUGAGACAACUAACACAGAAGAGCAGAUGGAAGCUCUCCAGAGGAUCCAUAUCUUUCGUUUAUUUGACGUCUUCUCCUUACUCGACUGUCUGCAUGGUCUUUGCAGCGGUGGGCUUCAGCAGGCAUCUGUUGGCGGUGGCUCUGUCAAGGCAGUGAUUGUGGACUCUGUGUCAGCUGUUAUCUCUACCCUCCUGGGAGGCAAACAGAAUGAAGGGAUGUCCCUGAUGAUACAAGUGGCGGGAGUUCUUAAGACGAUGGCGAAGGACUUCAAUGUUGCUGCUUUAGUAACAAACCACGUAACGAGAGGCGGCAGCGGGGAGGUGCAGCCAGGCCUUGGUGUGUCGUGGAGUCACAUCCCCAGAACCAGAGUCCUGCUGGAGCGAGUAGAGAAGGCCGUGGCCGUCAGCCGUCCCGGUCUGCGCUCUGCAACACUGAUCAAGUCUUCUAGACAGCCUUGUCACAUCAAAGAAGAGUUUGACUUGCAGUGGUGGAGUCGAUCUAAAGGAGGACCCUCCUUGGGAAAGAGAAAACUGGAUGAGACUGAUUCCUGACGAGAGCCAAAUAUAAACCUCUGCCAAAAUGUCCGACCAAAG